UACAUGAUUCAGUUUACUCCUUGGGUGGGUUUGUCAGCUUCAAUUAGUUGGAUUUUCACCAUAAAUUCGUUUAGUUGUUUGGUACAAGGAAAAUUCCCAUGUUGUUCCGGUUUAUUUGACCGUGUUUAGUACUUCAAUCUUUGCAGUCUUUCAUGUAUAGUGAUGGUGAUACUGACGGUCAGAUCUUUACAAGUUAUAUUUAAAGUCUCCUUUCACUAUUUUCUGGCUACUCCAUAGUAUCUUGCAUUCUUAAACCUUUUCUCAAGUGAUGGAAGAAAUAAAGCCAAAAUUUACAUUGAUAGCAGAACACUGAUGCUGCCUGUACCAUUGUUGUUAUGUUCAAACCUUUGUGAUUGCAUAUGAAUAUUCCAGCUCCGCUUUCUUCCAUAUGAAAAGUAUUUUAAUACUUUGAGUAAUUUCCAGCACCUAAAUCAGGAAUAUAUAUUCCUAGAAGACUAGAACUGCAAUGUUAGCCCUACCAAGCCCUUCUUGUUUCUGCAAUCCUUAAUAUGAUCAGAGUAGCUUGUCUAUACCAGGAUUCAAUUCUAGUCUAUAUUACAAUAUCCCCGUUUUCUCCAUUGCUAGUUUGCGUUCAUCCUUUCUGUCAUAUUUUUAUAGAUCAUGCAGGCCUUUCUAUUCUUUUGUGAUGUGAAGUCAUAUAGGAAACUAUCAACUGUUUAGGAACCAGUUACAUAAAGAGAAUAAUUGUAUGAAAUAAUAAAUACAACAAGACAGGAUUAUGAGUAGAAAUAAUUUGUAACUUAGAUGUGGGCCAGUAAGUUGCUGCUGACAUCUCUAAAAGAAUUCCAAGCCAUUUAGUUUCUAUCAAUUGAAUGACAUCUUAAGUUUUGCAUAUUCUUUCACACAAUUGUAGACUUGUACUGCUACUUAUUUGAGCUUAGCGAUUUAAAAUAUAUUUAUGGUCUCCUGAGUUCCUUAUUGGUUAGAAGAAUCAAGAGUGAAAUUUAUAUGUCAAACGCUAUCACUGCUUGAUGUUGAUUUCAUCUGUUAUCUAUGGGACAUGAUAAUAUUUUAGAGAAUAGGCUUUCAUCCUGUUUUAGGCCGAAGGAUACAUGGUGUUGAGGCAACCCUCUUUCAAAGCAGAUCAAAGAAAACCAUGCUAAACAAAGCGAGCACAGCAAACAAUACAGAAUGAACACCAUCCCCCUAGCCUCGAAACGUUACGAGGAGUGCACUACUGGAUUAUGCCAGCUUGCUGCCGAGCAAAAGCACAGGAGCUGCAUAGCCACAACGAGAAGUACAAGAAGGAGCCGACCACAAGCGAACCGACAUCCCCUGGAUAAAAUCACUGGACUAUGACGCAAUGCUCUAUCAAACUUGCUCCGGACGGAGGAGCGCGACCCUGCGAGCGAGCAGAAGGGACUGGGGCAACUGCCGAUGUUGUCACAUGAAGAGACGGCACAACGGAGCCACCAUCACCUCGAACCGAAGAUGCUCCAAGUCACCAUCCAUGCCUGCCGAAGAAGCCAUCACACCACAGCCAGAAGGUGGGAUCUUUGGUGGCAUACCAGGAGGGGUAACGCCGCGUCGCGCUGCCGCCAAGUCUGACAAGAUGGACAUGGGUUGUCACCUGGGACUCUGAAAGGGGAUGGAGGAACUGCGGUGAAGCCCCCAAGAGGGACGCAACACCCAAAGGCCUAGCUUUCACCGUCAUACUGUGCCGACCUUGUUAGGACCACCCACUGCCCACAUGGACAAGCAAAGCAGCCAAUACCGCCGCCACCAGGGAGCAGUUUGCGCAGCCUGCCUUCCAGGGCCGCCGCCCUGGUGUCUGGCCCUGCAAGAGGGGUGCACCAGGAGGGAACCUCACUGCCACUGUUACCAAGAGCCACGCGGGCCAGCCUUCGAGUUGCUCUCGAGAGGCUGGGGCUAGGGUUUGGGUCGCCCUCGCGUUGCUCUAGAGAGAGUGACGCGAGGGCCAGUUUUCCACCAUCCCACUUAUCCUGGAACUUAAUAAUUAUGUUAGUUGCCCAGACUUGUUAUGUUGUCUUUUUUUUUUCUGCAGGUGACUUGUUAUGUUGUCAGCUCUCCAGAUUCCUGGACUAGGAUUAGCAUUUUCUAAUUAUCACCUUCAUUGGAGGUCGAUGGAUGUCCCAAGCCCCUAUCAACAUUGAACUCUUGUUUUGUUGACUUAACAAUGAUUACAAUGGGAGGGAUGCAACCUUACUGUUUAGUUGGCAGCAACAGAUUAGACGUUCCUGGACAUAAUGGCGGAUAUCCAGUUAGGAUGUUACACUAUAAAGUCCCAUGGAGCCAAAGUGGCUAGACUCCACAUGUAUGACUGGAUAAUACUUCUCCUCCUUGCUGUCAUAGAUGGACUGUUGAAUAUAAUUGAGCCUUUUCACCGCUUCAUUGGGAAGGACAUGAUGACUGACUUGAGAUAUCCAUUAAAGGGCAAUACUGUGCCCUUUUGGGCUGUUCCGCUCAUUGGAAUUGUCUUGCCAUGUGUCAUCUUUGGUGGAAUUUACUUCAAGAAGAAGAAUAUCUAUGAUUUGCACCAUGGCAUACUGGGUAUUCUUUAUUCGGUGCUCAUAACUGCGGUGAUUACUGAUGCAAUUAAGGAUGGAGUUGGCCGACCACGUCCUGAUUUCUUCUGGCGCUGUUUCCCAGAUGGAAAGGAUCUUUAUGAUAAUGUCACUACUGGCGUUCUGUGCCAUGGAGAGAAGAGUGUCAUCAAAGAAGGUCACAAGAGCUUCCCAAGUGGACACUCAUCAUGGUCUUUUGCCGGCCUAGGCUUCCUUACGUGGUACUUGACUGGGAAAAUCGCAGUUUUUGACCGUAAAGGUCAUAUUGCAAAGCUUUGUAUUAUUGUUCUGCCUCUACUUACUGCUGCACUUGUUGCUGUUUCUCGAGUGGAUGACUACUGGCAUCACUGGCAAGAUGUGGUUGCAGGAGCUGUUCUAGGUCUCACAGUGGCUUCAUUUUGUUACCUGCAAUUUUUCCCAUAUCCUUAUGAUGCAGAUGGACUGUGGCCUCAUGCAUACACGCUCCAGCUAGCCGAGGCACGCAACAGUGGCAUUGCAAACUCCUUCAGCUUGCGACCACCCACGGAGACUGAAGAAGGGGAAGGUCAGGGCGGGAUCGCCCUAAGAGACACGAGUCCUAUUCUUGACACCAUGGAGUCUGGCAGGAGAUACGGAAACUAAGGAGGACUGGAUCAGACGACUACCUGAAGUACCAUGAUCGUCCUGACCUUCCUCAUGGGCUUGUUUUCGACGCACAUGGCAGGGCAGAGCUGUUUUCUCCUGCACAGUUUGGUGUAUUGUAGAGCUGUCGUUUCGUGAACCUCUGUAUGGGUUUUCAGUGUUUAAUAGAGGUUUGGUUUGUGUUAACUGGAUAGUUAGCCUCGUAAGGAUCAGCUGUACAUUACCUAGUGGAGUGCUUUGUCGUCCACGCCGGUGAACAUGUUGCAUUAUUUC